UAUUUACUUUAUCAUUUUACAUUCUGUGAUAUUGCAAUGGGGAAAAAAGAAAGGAUUUAGUGAAAUGAAAAUUAUCGUUUUAUGCUAAAUAUUCAUUAAAUAGUUUGUCUUGUUACGUUUCAAAGUAGCAGUUUGAAACCUCGAUAUCGAUUACUGAAGUAUUACAGCUCCACGAUGAAGAUACCGAGUGACGAAACACCUCAGAACCACUCUAAUGGUGAUGGAUACAUAUCAGAUGAUUACGAGCAGCUUGAAAUGGCCCCAGCUCCGAUCAGAGAUGGUGACUUUUCCGAAUACAUGUGGAUGGAAAACGAGGAAGAAUUCAAUACGCAGGUGUUACGAGAACUGGAAGAACAAGAAUUGAUGGAAGAAUGCAUGGCAGCCAUGCUAGGUGAGUCGGCCCCCAACGAAGGAAACGAAUCGCAAAAUGCUGAAAGUAAUCACGCCAAUAAUUCGCGGACGUCUAAUGAUAGCUUUAACACUUCUUUCAACGGUCUCUCUGAUUCUGUAAAUAAUUUAUCACUUUCUUCGAACGGUGUCCGUAAUAAUUCCAGUGAUAGCUUCAAUAAUAGCCACUCCCAGAGUUCGUCUAAUACGCAGUCCCAUUUCUCAGUUCAGAGUCGAUUAAGCCGACCGAGACCGAUGGACAAUAGUCGUAGUAAUACAUCGAAUUCUGCUACCGAAAACGGAAGCAAGUCCACUUUGAACCCGGAUGCUAAAGAAUUUGUUCCUUCUUCGCCACGUGCUGUAACAAGCUUAUCAAAUGCUGGAGAAGAAAAAGUGCCUUCGUAAAAGUUGCCGAAUGUUUGAAAAUUAAUUCUUUUGAUCGGCUGUGAUGGUAAUGAUUGUUGUAAUGUUCACCACAUUACCAGUCUCCUCCAUCUCUGAUGUAUUUAAGAAGCUGCAAUCAUAAAUUUUAAUGUAUUGUAAUUAGUUUACAUUUCUUUAUAUUUGUUUUUUUUCUCUCGAAUUUACUCAUAAUGCUGGUGAAAUUUUGCGUUUCGAAUUACGUACUUCUGUAUUGUUUUGAAAACACUCGUGAAGAAAUGUAAACUAAUAUUUUUACUUUUAACCAUGUUCAAUUCUUAAUCGACUGUAAAUAUGUGAAAUAUGAUUUGUUUCAAUUAUGGACCUAAUUGCAGUAUAAAGUAUUCUUUCUUUUUUUUUUUUUGCAAAUUGCUCAUUUUACAGUCGUUUGUGUUUCCGCUUAAUCAAACCAGUUUUAGUGUAUAGCAAAGCUUUUUUUUUAAGUCGUUUUUAAUUUUGAAACAUAAUUUGUGUUUAGAAAGAUUAUUUUUAAGUUAAUUGUUUCUCUUCAUGAUUUGGAAUGGGCGUUUUAUUUUUCUCUUUUUGAUAUACCCGGUUACCAAUUUUUGGUUAAAAUUUUAAAAAUUCUCUUCAUUUUUAAGCGUAGUUUUUGUUUUUUAAAUGUGCAGCUUUCAAGGGUACAUUUGCUGUUUUUCUGUUUGGUUGUAAAUCGUGUAUGCAAAUGUUCCCAACGUCACCGCUUCUCUUUUUCUCUUUCUUUUUUUUUUUACGUUUUGCAUUUCGUAGAUGUUUUCUCAUAAAUAUUUACAAACUGAUCGAAUCAUCGAAGGAUUUGCUAUUUUUAUGAUGCUCGAACGGUCAUUAAUGAAAGUCUACAUCACAAUGAUGAUAAUUUCGAUUACGAUUGUAUUGAAACGUUGUAUUAUCUUUAUCGUGUCACCAUUUAUGUUACCAGUAUCACGAAUUUACUUUUAAAACGCUUUGCCAGAUCAUUUCACCUGGUGUAUUUAUGGUACCUCGAGUACGAGUAUAAAGGUGAUUUGUUUUUAAGUGCUUUACAAUCUUUUAUUAUCCAUACUGUGUGAUAUGCGUAAUUUUUUUAAUUUAUAAGAGAAUGGAAUAGAGAAUCGUAAAUUACGAAAACAGUGUAUAGUGUAUGCAUUAUGACCUGCCGAUGUAGCGAAGAAAAUAAUACGAAACGACGUUGGUUAUUUUAAGUGAUAUAGAUUAAGUAGUAAUAACAUAACACAGGUAAUUAUCACAAAAUUGUGUUUACAAAAAAGUGUGUAUUAUUUGCGCUCGCGAGAGCGCAUUGAUGUUUUUUUUUGUGAUAAUUUGUGAUCUACUCGCAUUUUUAUUACGUAAUAAAAAUUUUGAGCUAGGACUGUGUAAUGAUAUCAGAUUUUUAAAAUAUGGUAUUGUCUCGUAGAUUGUAAUUUCAUCAAUUAGUAAUAAUUGUUAUUACUGUAGAAACGUGCUUAUUUGUGUAUCUGCUGAUAUUUUCUUCUGAUUAAAUAUUUAUAAAAAGUGAA